AAGCAGUAGCGUUGAAGAGUUGAAGAUGCCUGGAGAAAGGUGGAAACUACAGCGGGCCUUGUGUCAGUAUGUCACCAAUACUCUCACUUACAUGUCAACUGUGAAAGAUUUUUAUGAGAUGUUCUCUGAAUGGAUGGACUGCAGAGAGAUAGAGGUAAUGAAAAUGAAAAGUAUCAAAGAAAUGGCUGACAAAAUUGACCCCACUUUCACCAAGUCAGAGGGAAAAUGGGCAGCUUUUUGCAAGUUCAUGAAGAGCAACUUCCAGAUGAAGGCAGAGAGCAAACUUGCAGAACUAGAAAACGAGCUGACUAAGGUGUUGGAAGAAACACUGAAAGGUCUGAAGAAACUCAGCAUCUUCUUGGAUGCAGUGGAGAAGCUGGCUGUCACUUCACUGCAUGUAUUCACUGAGAACCUAAUUUUGCAUCUACCUGAGAACAUCAGCUUUGAUGAUGUUCAAGCUGUGAUUAGCACUGCACAACAGAUCUGCCCUUUCCUCCUGGAGUUUAAAAGAGAUGCAAAGUCCUUUUUCCUUCCUAAACUUCACAAUGUGGAGGUGCUUAUAUACCAAUUGCAAAAUUACAUAGAGACCACCAACACAAUACGUGUGAUUCAUGCCGAAAGCUUCAAUUUUAACAUUUGCUUGAAAAUUGCUGAGGAAAUUGCAGUGGAUUGUGAUGAUUUGUGUGAAAAUGACAUGCCAGAGAUGAUUGAUCAUAUUAAGCAACUGGACAGAAUCAGGAUGGAUGAGCACUUUCGGAUGACGUUCCUGUUCCAAAAUGUCUCCCCAGCUCAUUUCUUCAAUACGUUUGAUGAAAAACUGCCUACAAUGCGAAAGUUUCUUGAUGAGCUGGAGCAGUGUGCUGUUAAAUCAGACAGGAUGAACAAAGGGGCAAAGAUCUCCAGUGUGACAGGCAGCUCAGUGGGAGCAGCUGGAGGUGUUCUUUCCAUUGUUGGUUUGGCAUUAAUUCCAGUUACAGCAGGAGUGUCUUUAGGGCUGACAAUUGCCGGUGUGUCGAUGGGGGUAACAAGUGGGGUCAACAGUUUGAUAACCAGCUUAACAGAGGUUGCAGUUAAUACUACUAAUCAGAAACAGGCAAAUGGAGUUUUUCAGAGUUUCAUGACGGAUUUCCAAAAGAUCCAGGAUUGUCUCAAUGAGGUGAUAAAACAACCAACAGUCAGUUUGAACCCCCGUAAGAUAGAUGUGGUGGUGGGAGUAGGCAGGAAUGCCCAAAAAGUAGGUACCAUAGGAAAGGGUAUUGAUUCCAUCAUUGAUGCUGUUUCUACUUUUAAGGCUUUAAAAGCUGAGGAAGUGGUUGCAAGUGCAGGCAAAGCUGUACUACAAGAUGGAAAAGCUUUACGUAACGCAGCUACGGUGGCCUCAGAUGUUCCUGAUAUUGGCCAGGCAGCACUUAAAGGGCCUCUGGCUCUCACCAAGGGGGCUAGAGGUGGUUUCAUUGCACUUAAUGCCCUCUUCAUUGGCAUGGAUAUCUUCUUUAUUGCCAAAGACAGCAUGAGUUUGGCCAAAGGCAGUGAGACUAAAGUCUCAAAGUUCCUCAGAGACAGAGUUGCAUUAUUCGGCUCACAGAUAGAGUCAUGGGAGAAGAUUAGCAGCUCUUUGUGUCAAAGCAAACUGACUGAAGAAGAAAACAGAAAUAUCCUCAAAAAGCCCUUUUAUCCAUAGCAACUGUUAAAGAGAAUAAAAGUGGAAGAUUAGUCCAGUAGACAAUGAAAAACAGGAAAUCUGCCAUAAUUACACUCACUGAAAGACUUUUUUUUCCUAACUGAAAUACAUUAGUACACAAAAUUAAUCAGUUUGAAAUUAUUUUUAGCAUGAUUCAAUGUGUGACUUCUUGUAUUAAUAUGUGUUAAUUGAUUAAUGAUUUAAUGAUGUAACUGUAAGGGGUCAAAUGUUUUUAAGAAUCUGCUGGUUUGCUGUAAAUAUGAGACUGUUUAAAAUAAUCUGAACAUGUAUUUCCAGAUGUGCAUCCUCAAAGAAUUUGAUUAACUUUUAUAUUUUAUGUCUUAUUUUAUAAUUUUGUAAUUUUUUUUCUUGUUUUUGUUUUCACUGUCUGGAACAUUUUACAGUUUUUGGUGUUUUUAAGUUGCUUUGCACACAGCUUUGGCUGUGUUUACACAAAUGGCAAAAAAAACCUGGCAAGGUUGUGUGGCAAAGGCUUUAUGCUUUUCCUCGGGAUGUUUUUGUUCAAGUCUUUCAUAUAACUUUUAAACCAAAUAGAGAAAUCUGUGUCUCUUCUGCAUUCUUACGCCAUUGUAAAGCACAUUUUAAAUUACAGUACAAUUGCAAUUUGA